AGUGGGCCGGGUGUGUGUGUGUGAUGACGUAGAAUUACAGCGCCGGGGAAGCUAGCACCCCCGCUAGCUAGCCUAGCUUCAUGUUUUGAAAGGAUACCUGACAACUACACCGCUGCUGUUGGCGGGGUUUUCAUCGACUUCCAUGGUCCAGGGGCCGAGCCGCUGCCGACUUAUCUGUCCGUGUAGUCUCCGCUCCCCGUCGCCAUGGCAGAGGAGGAGGAUUUCUCGCCAAACAUUCUGACAGAGGAGAUGAACAGCAGCAAUGGCGAGCUGGUGCCUCCGGACGGCUUGUGCUGGGUGUCAGUGUUGUCCUGCCUGCUGCUUGCCUGCUCUUACGUGGGGAGUUUAUACGUAUGGAGGAGUGACCUGCCAAGGGAUCACCCCGCCGUAAUAAAGCGGCGUUUCACCAGUGUGUUGAUUGUCUCUGGCCUGUCACCUGUCUUUGUGUGGGCAUGGAGAGAAUUCACAGGAGUCAGGCCCGGCUCGUCGUUGCUGGCUCUCAUGGGGAUCCGUUUUGAGGGUCUCAUUCCUGCAGUUGUACUUCCUCUACUGCUCACCAUGGUCCUGUUUCUGGGCCCCCUCAUCCAGCUGGCUAUGGACUGUCCCUGGAGCUUCAUGGAUGGCAUCCGGGUGGCUUGUGACCCGUGGUUCUGGACGCUGUGCUUCAGUGAUAUGCGCUGGCUGAGGAACCAGGUGGUGGCUCCGCUGACAGAGGAGUUGGUGUUCAGGGCCUGCAUGCUGCCCAUGUUGGUGCCCUGUACCAGCCCAUUCACUGCUAUCUUCACCUGCCCCCUCUUCUUUGGAGUGGCCCACUUUCACCAUGUGAUCGAGCUGCUGCGGUUCAGACAGGGGACUGUAUCAGGGAUCUUUCUCUCAGCAGUGUUCCAGUUUUCCUACACAGCAGUUUUUGGAGCCUACACUGCCUUCAUCUUCAUCAGAACAGGUCACCUGAUGGGCCCAGUACUGUGCCACUCCUUCUGUAACUACAUGGGCUUCCCUGCCAUUAGUACAGCCCUGGAGCACCCCCACCGCUUUACCGUCCUCACCUGCUACCUACUGGGGGUCUUCCUCUUCCUCCUCUUCCUCUUCCCCCUAACCGACCCCAUCUUCUACGGCCUCCCGACCCCGGUAUGCACCCUGGCCUCUUCUCCCAGUUCCCUCUGCCUCUCCUGAUCCCAGCCCUUCCUUCUUCCCAUGGGACGAGCAGACCCACUGGACUGUUCCAUAGCGGUGCCUCUUCCCGCCAGCCUGCUGGAGGCUUCAGGCCAAGCGUGUGAAGGAAUGGGGUUUUUGUUGCCAAGUUGGAGUUGAGGUCACAACUUGUUUUGGCCCGACAGUGCUAACAGCCAUGUAGCAAAAGCUAAGUUGCCAUAGGCGCUUGGAGAAGCAGGUUCCCUAUGGUCAGGGUGACCCCCACAGCAUCAGUACAUUUACAUUUGACAUUUUCAGUCAUUUUGCUGAUGCUUUUAUCCAGAGCAGGUAAGGGUUCAGUGUCUUAUCAAAUGACACAUAGCUAUUGAUGGAAUCCAACCUGAGAAUGUCCUUGUACGGGACAGUUUCUCUAAUCCCAAGGCUACACUGCCACCUCAGUAUGUAGUGUUAGUGUAGACUCAACAAGAGGUAACUUUAAAGGAAAAAAUCCCCCUUCAGGUGCUCUUACACUGUUAAAUAUAAAGCUGUGAUGUUCAGUGCAUUUCAUUGAGGUAUUUUGUGAUGAAGUGUUGUACCUUCUUUGAUGAACCCACUUUCCUUCCACCUGCCUCAUCUGAUUCUCCUGCAGUUACCCAUUUCCCAGGUUUCCUGCAGUGACUCCUCAAUAGAACACAUGUCUUGCAGCUGCAUUGCAUUCUGGUCUAUUGAGGCUACUGUCUGUGGAGAAAUUGAUCUGUCCCUUCCGAUGAUGAUUUCUCCCCGGUAUGAAUGUUGAACAUCAGUGCAAAAUGGCGUCUCUAGAAAGAAUCCCUUUGACACCAUAUUAAAGUUUUCUGUUAAUAUUUUAGAUCUCUGAAGCAUUUUCUGCUCUCAGACUCAGACAGCUGUAGCUCCUUGGAAGUAUUCAGAUGUAUUGUCAUGUUAUAUGCGUUCAGCUAGUUGUCCACAGGAAUAAGAAAAAAUACUUGACACCAGAUGCAGAAAUGCAAGGAACAUCACCAGUAGCCAUCAUUUUAACAGUGUUAAGGGUUUUUGGAUGGAUUUGUCCUUCAACUGAUUUCAGUCCUUUGCUGUUUUAGAGACUCGAUCUGCUUGAAUAGGUGAUUUUUUUAAAAAUACAUACAAAGGUGUUAAUAUUAAAGGUGUAGAGGGUUAAAAUGGUUAUUUAUACACAUCUGCAUGAGUCAGUGCUGGUAGUUUGCUGUUCUUUUGGUGAGUGUUUGUGGUGGGAUGGGUUGGGAGUCACUGUUCCUACAACUAUAAUGUGUUGUUAAUCUCUAGCUGUUUUUUUUUUGUUGAGGAUUUUCCUGUGAGGCCCUGACUUGGUCUCUGAGCUUUCUUCUGACACAUAUUGCCAAAUUGUUGGCAGCGUCUCAAAGACCACAUUAUCCUGAGUUCAGUAAUGUCCAGCUCUCAUUCCAUGUGUUUGUUCCAAUGAUCCUGCUUUUAGUAGCUUACAAGUGCAAAACUGACAUCAUCUUUACGGCUCAACUGCUUUUAUAAGCUGUUACACCAAUGAUACAUUUAUGGAGUUCAAAGGGUACAGCUUAAGACUUAAUGCUCAUUUCCAUCUCUUCUCUGUUUUCUUUUUUUUUUUUUGCUUCAACUGCCUGUAAUCGAAGGAUAUGUAACUUUCAAAAAGAGGGUGCCAUGACUGUUUCUGUCCCUUUUGCAAGGGACUCAAACCCCCAACACUCAGGUGUAGUUGUACAGAGGCGAGGAUGCUCUAACCACUACUUUGCAUGCUGCUAACUUAAGUAUUUGCAAUACAAAGAGUCAGGAGAAGUCAUGUUGUUCCCACAUAGAUGUAACAACAACAUUUAUCUAUAUAAAUGUCUGUGUAUAUCUAUAUAUCUAUAUCUGUCUAUCUAUCUAUAUAGGUAGAUAGAGAUAUAUAGAUAUAGAUAUAGAUGUAGAUAAAAAUAGAGGAUGUAACUACAAACAGGACAUGGAAAGAUGAAAUAUUUCAUAAUUAAUGCAUGAGUGGCCAGUUCUGGACACCAGUGGCAAAUUCUGUACAUGCUCACUUUGAUCUGAUUUCCUGAUCUUCAGUACUGUUCUUUGAAGAGAUUUCCAGGGCAGUAAGUGAUAUUUUGAGAAGCUACAAUUGAAAGUAUACAUUGAAAAGCGAGUGUGACAGAUUUGGCGUAUGGUGUCUGGCACUGGCCAGCACUAUGGAACUUAAUUUAAGAGCUCUCACCACAUCGCCACAUAUUAUUUAUUUUAUCUAAGACAGUUGUACUUCUUUGCACUAGACUUGCAAUUUUGCAUAGCAUUUGGGGCUCUAGAGGAGAUUUUAGGGUGCAUGACCAAUCUUUUUUCUCUCCCUCUCUUCAGAGCAUCUGGAUGCUAAAUUUUGCCUGGCAGUCGAGUGAACAUAAAGAGCAGGAAAUGUUGCUUCUCUGUAUCAGUUGAAACAGAAUGUGGUAGAUGAUGAUUGGUCAGUGGAAAAGGCUGAUCGGCUCUUUCAGUAUAACUUUCUACUGCACUAGUUGACAUUGUUUACAGCUAGGUGGUUGUUAAGAUGUGGUUGUUAAGAGUCUCACAGAAUAGCGGCAAAUGUAUGUUAUAAGCUAUAUCCUUACUGUGAAGAGGUGGGUUUGCUUGGAUCUUCAGCAAUAAACACAUUUAAGUGGUGGGUGAGAGACUUAAGCGGGAUGUGGAACUGGACAACGUUUAUAUGUUAUGGAGUGGAGCAAGAGUCCAGAAUUACCACCCGCCAAGCAUUUAAAUGCCAACAAAAUAACCAGCAGCCACACAGGCCGCAUUUUUUUCUUUUAAACAUUUGAGCGCCUCAGUUAUAUGCAUCUCGCGGUGAAUUAUGAACUUGAUCCGAUUUGUAAGCAAGCAAGCAUUACCUGCAUCUGUCUGUGAAAUAGCGCUGAAAACAAAAGCAGGGUGAUGUAUUUCCGUGAAAAAUGCAUACAAAUGAUUUUGAACAGUAAAAUAAUUGUUAUCUGGAUGCUGGGUGGAAUUAUGCCUAUGCCACUCUGCAUCUGGGCUUGGACCGUACCUACGUAACAUUGACACCAGAUGGCGCCAGAGUGUUUUGUCAGAUAUAGUACUGCUGUGGACUUGAGGGCUGCCGAGGACCUCUGCAGUCUGUUUAUUGACUUGUGUGACAUUUGUCAUCCGUCACUGGGAAAACCAAUUCCCUCUAACUUAUUUUUCCUUUACCCUCUACUCGAUUAUGGCCCAUCCUAAUCGAGGAGAUUGAUGCAGAAGUGCUGGAAUUGUGCUCGGACCUCGUGGCGAGACUCUCCCUGCUACUUAGCAUUCUCUGAAAUUACAUUAAGAAGCCUGACAGGAGAGUUUUAGCUCCGCCCUGCCUCCCACACCGGUCCCUCAGACCUACACUCUCUACCCUUACACCAGGAGCGUCUCGCCAGUUUGCGAGGCCUCAUGCCAAUGCAAGGCUUUUCAAAAUCAUAUCAGCAUAACAUGCUGAUAUGAUUUUAUAUGAUAAAAAGAUAGCAUGCUGGACCCUGAGUCUUUUCAUACAUCCAAAUGAUGGUUAGGCUAUUGGGUCCAUAUUGAGGUUUUUGGGAGUUUAGCAUCUCAUGAUGGUCUGAAUACUUAGAAUUUCCUGGAAUGAAAAUAAGAAAAAUGAAAAUCUGUGGCACAAAAUAUUAGCUGUUGGCAGCUGUAAUACAACAGUCUCGGUGCUGGCCUUCAAAAGCUUGAACCGGUUGAAAUCUAAUCCAGAUGCACAAAAAUACUAAUAGCCAGGUGUUCGUAGCACCUUGCUUUGGCCCUUCAGCACCAUUUUGUAAAAGGAAACAUUCAUGUCUCUGCAGAAUUAAGUGAUAGAUUCCCUCCCGUGCGGUGGAGACGUGCUGUCAGCCAGUGGAUGGAUUGCCUUUGUAGUUUGGACGGGGGCUGGUUGGCAAAUUCAAGAGAGAAAUGCUCCACCAAAGUUCCAGCAUGUGAUAACGCCGUCUCCCCCGCAAAGCCAGCCCAGUUUAACUCAACCCUUCAGACAUUAUGUGAUAAUGUGCAUCAAGACUCUGACUCUGAGUGCCACUGUCUGUUAUCCUGCUCAUUACUGCGCGCUUAACUUUGUACCUGCCUGUUCUUAAAGCAAAACUGAACUUUGGUAGAGUGUUGUGGGUUGUUUAGAUAUCUGGACGAUAUGUGAGUCCACAUGGUGGUGAAAUCUCCUCAUUAUUUGUUCCGUGCUCCCCUGGACUGCUAACCCACAACACUGUGUUUGUCUCUUCAUUCACUUCUACAGCAAAACAGCUCCUAAAAUAACAAUUUUAGUGAAUAAACAAACACUUUUGCAGCAAUUGUUUAUGGCUAUUAAAAAUACAAAAGUCUGUAGCCUAUUUUCCUGUGGAAUUAUUCGUGAACGUUCUGUCAGGUAAUUUUUUCCUGGCGCAAGGCUACUAUGUGGAAGUUUCCUGCAGAUGCUACCUGCCGGAUCUGCUUUCCAAUUCAAAUUGGGGGGGAAAAAAACAAACAAGAAAAGAGACGUUUUCAUUUCCCCAAAAAUUGAGUACCCAGACUUGUUAUGUUUUAUAUUGGCAUAAUCCACUUUGUCCAUGUUUGUGUAUGUGCUGAAAAUGUUACCUUGGGAGCUGUUUUGCUUUGGAAGUGAAUAGAGAGAUAGAAAUCCAGUAUUGUGGAUUAGCAGUCCAGAGGAGCACAGCGCAACCAAUAGGGAGAUUUCACCCCGGGAACUAUACAACCCAACAUUCCUGUCAUUGACUUGAAACUCAGAGACGCUGGUACAUUUGCAAGACACUCGGAUUGAAACACUAGCUCCCUUUUCCUGCUGUAAGAAAAAAAAAUAAAAACCUCACACUGUUUUGCCUCCAAAAUGUCCAUCCAACAAUCACACAUCCAUAUUUGCUGUUGAGGUGGUGCAUAAUCUGCACACACAGAUUAUAUUAUGCAGAGCGGACAGCAUCGACAAAGAUUCCAGAAUCUAUUUUUGCUAAGUUUCAGCAGCUCGGCUAUUUUAAUACACACCACCAGAGGAAGGAUAAUUUCAAAUGUGCAUUUUCAGAAGCCGUUAAAUAUGUAUAGAGUCAGCUUGUGAAACAGCUAUAAAGAUGUUUAUAUUGAGCACUAUAUUUUGUAAUCAGAUCUAUUUUGGUGACAUGAACAGAUUGUACAGAUGUAUGUGCAUGUGAAUUUUAUGUUCUCACAGCUCCCAGUUCUACAAUGCAAUUAUUUGGAGACUUCAGUUGGAAAAAAAGUGUUUUAAUAUGACAAUCUUUUACAGAAACUUUGGAAUCACGGUGAAAAAUAUCAGCAAUUUGUAAAUAAAUGAGAUAAUUUUAUAAA